AUGUUCUUGGUCUCGAAGGCGGCGUUCGACGGCGGCUUGAACCCUGCCAUUUUGGUCUUCUACCGGCAAGCCUUCGCCACCGUCAUCCUUGCUCCUCUUGCCCUCUUCCUCGAAUGGAAGCAUGCUCCACCGCUGUCGCCACUCACAUUCUGCAAGAUUUUCGUGCUUGCUCUCGUUGGGAUAACAUUGGCAUUGAACCUCAAUGGCUACGGUUUGCUAUACACCUCCGCCACCUUGGCCGCGGCUUCCAUUAAUUCCCUCCCCGUCGUGACUUUCUUCUUGGCCCUCCUCCUCCGAGCUGAAACAUUGAGGAUUGGGAGCAAAUCGGGCAAGGCAAAACUAGUAGGAAUAGUUACGUGCAUGGUUGGAGUGGCAUCUCUAGCUUUCUAUGAAGGCCCCCAUUUCAAGAUAUUCUGCCUCUUUGAUCAUUCUCAUCAUGGGCAAAAUCAACAUCUUCGAUCUCAUGAAACAUGGAUCAAAGGUUGUUCCUUGAUGGUCUCAUCUAGCUUCACUUGGGGGGUUUGGCUUGUUUUUCAGGCAAGACUUCAAAAGUGUUAUCCACCAAAGCUUAUGUUCACGGCUCUUCAAUGUGCUCUGGCUUCAAUUCAGUCAUUUGUUGUUGCAAUCACUAUCGAAAGAGAUCCUAAUGAGUGGAAACUUGGCUGGGAUAUGAAACUAGUAGCCGUGGUUUAUUGUGGAGUUGUGGUGACUGGAGUAACCUAUUAUUUGCAAGCAUGGGUUCUAGAGAAGAAAGGUCCAGUCUUUCUAGCCAUGUCCACUCCUUUGGCUUUCAUCUUCACAAUGAUGUGCUCUGCGCUUUUGUGCGACUUCAUCGAUCUUGGAAGUAUUUUGGGGGGAGUUUUGUUGGCUGGAGGGCUCUAUAGUGUUUUAUGGGCAAAAGUCAAAGAAGAGGAGAUAAUUAAGAUGGAGAUCAAUGAGAAGAAGAUUAUCUCAAAACUGGAAGAACAAGACGGCUCAUUGGAGCUUAAACGAGUUGUUACAAUUGCCACUCAUAUUCAAGCCAAUGAUAUUGCCAAAGUCAAUGCUUAA